AUGCAGGUCUUGGCUGCGCGGCAGUGGAGAACAUGGGGAGGACCAGGUGGUGAUGUGGCCAAUGCAGGUCCAGCUUCACUGUAUCCAGUUGUGAAGCCUGGGGACAUCAUAUACCUGAGGGCCUACAACGGCAACCUCCUCGGUAUCCGGGAUUUCCACGUUGGAGCGCAUUCGCGGGAAAAGGCCUCAGGGCAGGCUUUCAAGGUGGAGAAGCGCUCGGUGGGCGAUGUCUACCAUGGAGACAGGAUAUUCCUGACCAACACCAAUGGAUUCAAACUGGAGGUCAAUGGAGAUGAGGUUAGUGCGCGUGGGUCCCACAUGGGUCCCAAACAAGAAUUUGUUAUUGAGCGUUCCGGAGCAAUUCCUAAGCCAAUUGCAGCAGGCGACACCAUUUUUCUACGAGCACAUACUGGCAAACACAUCGAUGUGGUUGGGCACAAUGUGCAGGCACGAUUCACGCGCCAGGAAGAACCAUACCGCCAUACUGAACUGCAGCUGAGCCGAUCCGGGAAGCCACAGCCACAGUCCAAGACAUUGAAGCUACAUCUCAGCAUCUCCCCGGAUGGCCGAAAGCUUCUCUUCGUGGACAAAAACUGCCGCUUCCGCGGCCAGCAAGCGGGCUUCCAGGGGUGGAAGGCUCCUCUUGACUUGCUGGAGCACAUGCAUGGGCGGACGUUGACCUUGAAGCUGGUCUCCCUUGGCGCGGCCGCACCGUGGUUUCUGAGGUACGCCCUCACGACGGGCCAGAGCGACAUGCCAGCCCAAGUCGAGGCAUUUCCUGCACUUCACACUCUGGCUUUUGUGAUGGGCCGCAAGGCAGAUGUUCCCGCGGAUGUCGCAGAAGCUGGUGAGGAUGCACGGGAAGCCAGGGAGACGGCAAUUCCACCUUCACAAGGCACGGUGGCCCCUCCCCCGCAAAAGGCGACGAGCUUAAGCCUGGCUGCGGCAAUUCCCAAAAGAGCUGGAUCUGCAGCGACGGCGCCGACCACAGCACCUCUAACGCCUCCAACGCGGAGCGAGCUCCAAGAUCAGGGUGCGUCCACAUUGCCACCUCCAUCGUCAUCCAGCGGUGUGACAGAUCCCAGUGCACCUGUCGGUCAGUCGCGAUCUGCAGAGAUGCAGAGCGAAACCACCGGCAAAGUGUCUGUCAAAGCAGCUCCACCUCGCAAGUUUGCCACAGCGCGGCCAGACCUCGAUCGCUUGGAUGAGAGCACCGAAGCCAACAGAGCCGCCAACAGAGAAGGGCUGCAAGAUUCAUCCAGCUCUUCCCAGGCAAGUGCAAGUGCCAGCAAAGCUCUGGACAAUUCAGCCUUCACGCGCGUCAACGCAGAACCUCAAGCACCAACACCGUCUUCAUCUGGAAUACGUUCUUUCCAGCCCAUUGCGCCGGUGGCUGGUGUUUCAGCUCCCCCAGUCUCAGUUCCAUUGCGAACUGCAGGUUUGGGCAAACCCACAAGAUUCGAGGAUGUCCAGAAAAUCACGGUCUUGGCACCAUCCCCAGCCAAGGCCAAAGCUUUGGCCACAGGAGCCAAGGAGGCAGCUCGACAAACCGGAGCUGAAGCCAGUGAAAGCUGCGAUGAGGGCACGCCAAGGACGCCAACUGCGCUGGCAGUUCCCACCCGCAACAAAGAACAGCUAGGUGCGCUGCAGUGUGGCGGCUGCACGCGAGACCCUGUCAGGUCUUCCUGGCAGGAAGGCUUAGGAGGUGCAGUGGCUGUCCCCGUGUUGCCAGCAAGCUGGACCACUGACCUUCCCGAAUCGGGCAUUGAUCCGGGACCUAUAGCCAGCUGGCUCGAGGGCCGCUUGUCCUGGACUGGCUGCUAUUGCCGGAUCAUAGAUGGCCUGCGGAGAUACACUCUUGAAGAGGGCGAGAGACCGACCAGGGUCGCAGAGGAUGCCGCGGCAGACAUGGGCUGGCAGGCGCGCAAGAUCCUCGCCGAGCACAUCGGCCUUCACGCGCCAUCAUCUUUGCUGGCUUUCUUGGCUGGGGGUACACCAUCCAUGCUUGCUGAAGCGAAAACAUUGGAAGGACUGCUGCCGCGUGGCUCCAAGGAAAAGCCAGCGCAGGCUUUGACGAAUGCAUAUCAGUGGUUCAUUGGAGGUUUGGGCCUGGGACCGGAGGGCCUUCGUGAGGGUGGUGGACGACUGCAGAUGGCGCUCGCCUUUCGGCGCUUGCAACUUCGGGCCCACCCUGUACAACACGGCUCGCAGCGGAAGCUGCUCGAAGCGAGCAUCUCCCUGGAGACUCUGCGAGCCGCAGGUGUUGCACAACGCGGAGGUCGCAUGGCGCGAUGUGAUGAUGUGGGCAGAGAGCUGACAGAUCACGAGCUGCUGCUACUGAUUGAGAUACAGAGCCAAAGAGAUGAUCGUGAGCUGGAGGCGCAAGGCUUCCUUGAUCCGCCUCGGUCCAAACGCCUUUUUGCCUACGCGCGCUCCCUCGAAGUGAUCCGAAAGGACCUCAAAGGAAUACAGAAAAGCUUGUCUCUGGAUAAUGCAAGGCAAGUGCUCGGGCUAAGCCACAGCGCAUCGACGGAGCAGCUGACCAAGGCCUACCGCAAGAAGGCUCUCCAGCUACACCCGGACAGGUGCGGCGAAGCUUCAACCGAAGCAUUUCAAUCCCUGCAGGAUGCAUACCAACUCCUUCUAUCGCAUGCGGAUAGAAUCGCGCGGGCCUCUGAAGUCGAUGUGGUCCCAAAGAUUGGGCCCAAUGAGACAGUGGUGCCGGGUGUGGAGUUCAAGCUCCCCAAAGAGUCUGGAGCUGAUGAUCUCGCUUUCAAAGCGGAUAUCGCCCUCAAACACGCGCAGACGUUUUUGGACAUGCAGCUUCUGACGAACAAGCCCUCUGCCCGUCCUGCUCGCGCCCACUCCGCUCCUUCGAAAAGGACCUUGGAUGCUGUGCUGGAAGAAUCAGAUGAGGGCGAUGAUGAAGAUGACGCCACAGAUGAGCCAGACGAAGGAAGGGGUCGCGCAGGCGAAGCAGACGAAAAUCAAGGCAUAUGGCGUACCAGCAGUCGCCAUGGACGCAGUAACCUGCUGCUGUACUGCGCAGGCCAGGUGCGAGAUACUGGCAGAUCGGCUGCAGAAGUGGGGAAUUCUGCAGUGGCGACGCAAUCCCAGGUGAUGCCGCUGAUUCAGGCCGUCAAGGAACUCAUGCAGACGAUGCCCGAUGAACUCUUUGGUGACGUCAUAAGGGAGGCCAACAAGUGCCUGUCCCAGAUUACGUCUGCGUGCGCGCUGGGGCACCAAGCCAGUCAGCAGGGCAUCGGUGCAAGCAACAAAGCCAUGCAGUACAAUGACAGCAAUGCUUUUUGGGAACCGCAGGGUGAGUCUGGCAGGCCCAAGGGCCGUGAGGUCAUGGAUGAGGCGACGCAGGCGGCUCUCAACUGCGCAGCUGCAGUGAUGGCUCUUCAUGACGGCUUCGAGGCCUCUCAUCGUCUGGCCGCAUUGCUAACCCACGCGUUGAAUAUGCGGGCGAAAAAUGGUGAAUCAGACCCACCUCCCAUCAAGGAGAGGCUGCCGAAGGAAGAGGACCUGACCGAUGCAGAGAAGCGUCGACGGCUGCUGCGCAUUGCCAGCGACAUCUAUGCAUCGAACCUUGAGAUGCUUCAGUGGCAGCGGGAGCUGCGCGACGCGGUGCGAUGCCGGCCAAAUCUCCUCGACCCAGUCUCGGUCUGGGAAAAGGAGGCCUUGUUCAGCAUGGCUUCAGAGGUGCUAGAAGGCUUAAAGCAGCGCCUGGCCGAGUGUGACCCAAGCGAUGGCUUUGAGCCUGUGGAGGCCAUUCUAUCCGUGACCCUGGCGGCGGCCAGCCUUCGCCGAGUGGCGUCUCCUCCGUCUAUCGAGGCCCGGCUGCUGCGGCUGGCGGCGCUCAUUCACGCCACUGCCCUUGUCAAGCUGCUUGAGGAGUUCUUCAGCUUUUGCCUAGCAGACCUAGGCAACCGCUGCUUUGAGCCCCGCGAUGUGAAUCUCAUGAAGCGCCGCUGCGAUCAAGCAGUGGGAGAUCUGAAGUUUCUGCAGGUGGACGGUUCGGUGCAGUACACGGGCUAG